AUGCACUAUACAAGCUUGCAAUUGCAAAGAUCGCUGGAGAAAUGUAUGAGCUUUGACCAGCUCAAGCGAAUCCAUGCCCUCUCUGUAACUCUUGGAAUUCUACCGAAUCUCCAGUCCUUGGCUUGCAAGCUUCUAGAAACUUACAAGAAUUUGGGCAAAACUCUAGACGCUCAAAAUGUCUUCAACCAGAUUCAACGCCCAGACGUCGUGUCUUGGACAUCCCUCCUUAAUCUCUAUCUCCAUUGUAAUCUUCCCGCCGAAUCCCUCGCCGUCUUUUCCCAGUACAUAAACAGCAGAUUCAGACCCGACAGCUUUUUGAUUGUCGGAGCGUUAUCUUCAUGUGGACGUGGCAAGGAUUUGAUCAGAGGGAAGGCCAUUCAUGGGAUGAUCUUGAGAAAUCAUUUGGACGUGAAUCCUAUUGUUGGUAAUGCACUGAUUGACAUGUAUUGUCGAAAUGGGAAAAUUGAAGUGGCUGUGUUGGUCUUUGAAAGGAAGAGCAUAAAGGAUAUCUUUUCCUGGACUACCUUGUUUAAUGGCUAUAUCCUGCGUAAUGAUCUGCAUUCUGCACGUCAAUUGUUCGACGAAAUGCCUGAGAGAAACGUUGUUUCUUGGACGGCUAUGAUCACUGGCUAUGUUAGAGGAGGAAAUCCAGUUCAAGCUCUUGAGCUCUUUCAGAAAAUGGAGGAUCGUCCAAGUUCAGCUACAAUUGUGGCAGUGCUCUCUGCAUGUGCCGAUACUGGUGCUCUUAAUUUUGGUCAGUCCAUCCAUGGAAAUGUUGACAAAACAAGCCUCAACCGGGAUGUCACGGUGAAGAAUGCUUUGAUGGAUAUGUACUCUAAAAGUGGGAGGCUUGACAUGGCUAUAAGAAUAUUUGACGAGAUCUUUGAAAAGGAUGUAUUUUCAUGGACGACAAUAAUAUCAGGGUACGCAUAUCAUGGGAAAGGACAACAUGCUCUGGAGGUGUACUCUCAGAUGUUAGAAUCAAAGGUUACUCCAAAUGAGGUAACCCUUUUGUCACUUUUGACAGCUUGUAGCCAUUCAGGGUUAGUUCUCGAGGGGAAAAUGUUGCUCCGCAGAAUGAUUCAUUACCAUCAUUUGAAACCAAAGAUUCAGCACUAUGGAUGCUUAGUGGAUCUGUUAGGCCAAGCAGGGUUUCUGGAAGAAGCAAAACAGAUGAUUGAGCUCAUGCCUAUUGAACCUGAUGCUGCGAUCUGGAGGUGCUUCCUCACAGCUUGCUUAGCCCAUGGAAAUUUGAAGUUAGCUGUGACAGUAGGAAGGAAGGUGAUUGAGCUAUUGCCAAGUGAUGUUGGCGUUUAUAUGCUUCUGUGGAAUGUGUAUCAUGCUGCCAACAUGUGGAAAGAGGCAUUAGAAAUAAGGAAGCUGAUGAGGGCUCGUAGGUUUAGAAGAAAGCCUGGUUGUAGUUGGGUUGAGGUGAAUGGUAUAGUUCAAGAGUUUCAUGCUGAUGACACAUCGCUGCAUGUUUGCUCUGAGCUUUCCUUAUUGUUAGAAGACUUGCAAGAGCACUCAAAGACAGACCUUUAUUGGAAAUGA